AUGGCACCCGUUCAAGGAAAUAAGUCAGAAUCUCAAAUUGCUCGUGUAACCGGCGCUGCUUCAGCUGGUAUUCUCGAGCUCUCUCUUUUUCAUCCUGUUGACACUAUCUCUAAGCGUUUGAUGUCUAAUCAUGGACGCAUUACUUCCAUGAAUCAACUGAAUACUGUCCUUUUCAAGGAUGCCGCUAAUGCUCCUUUGUUGAAGAAGCUUGGAUCUCUUUUCCCGGGUUUGGGCUACGCCGCUUGCUACAAAGUCGUCCAACGUAUCUACAAGUACAGCGGCCAACCUAUUGUAAAAGAUUUUUUGGCUACCAACUAUGGCAACAAGUUUGAUCAAACUUUUGGAAAAGGUUCCGGAAAAGCCAUCAUGCACGCUACAGCCGGUAGUCUUGUAGGUGUUGGUGAAAUUUUCCUUCUUCCUUUGGAUGUGUUGAAGAUUAAGCGCCAAACCAACCCUGAAGCUUUCAAGGGACGUGGUGUUUUCCGAAUUUUGGCUGAUGAAAAAUUCGCUUUGUACCGUGGAUGGGGUUGGACUGCGGCUCGUAAUGCUCCCGGUUCUUUCGCUCUUUUUGGUGGUAAUGCUUUCGCUAAGGAAUAUAUCUUCAAGUUGAAGGACUAUUCUCAUGCUACCUUCGUCCAAAACUUCUUCACUUCAAUUGCUGGUGCUUCGGCCAGUUUGAUUGUUUCCGCUCCCUUGGAUGUCAUCAAGACCCGUAUUCAAAACAAGAGCUUCGACAACCCUGCUUCCGGUUUUACAAUUUUGAAGAACAUGGCCAAGUACGAAGGCUUUACUUCUUUCUUCAAGGGUCUUACUCCCAAACUUUUAACCACCGGACCAAAACUGGUUUUUUCAUUUACCAUGGCUCAAACUUUAAUUCCUUUCUUUGACAAGGCUUUCAAGUAA